AUGGCACGGCAACAGCUCCUCCUCAUCGCCAUUCUCACUCUCCUGGCUGUCACAGUCUUCGUCGGUGCCGAUGACUCGACGCCCUCUGCCUCAUCGCCAUCCGUAGGUGUCGACUCCGUACCAAGCGUCUUGACCCCGAUUGCCACAUCGCCGCUCCCGGACAGUGCCGAGGCUCCUUCUGGGGACCAUGGCAUCGAGGAUAGCGAUGCUGGCGGCGUCGGAGCUCCUCUCGGCACCCACCCCACCGAGCCAGAGAGUGAGUCCACCGCCAAGAGUGACGCCUCCCUCAUCGGUGUAACCUCCAAGGGUUUAAGGAAACAGCUUCAAGUCGAGGACGCAAAACAUAGCCCGAUCGAGCAAGCAUCGAUCGCCAUGCUUGCUUCCCUCGGCAGCUUCCUCUCUUCCCUGCCCUUCCUCGUCCCCCCCACGGAGAAGCCCCCGCCUCCUCCCCCCGUCCCUUUCCCGAAGCCUAAAACCGAUGGGUUCCCUCCCGCCUCCAUCCGCAGCUCGGCCCCUGUUCGGCCCCCCUCGGAGGUGACAAUGCCGGCGGAGAAGGAAGGGCUCGUCUGCAGCUGCUAUCCAUCCUUGGCAUUGGCUAACCUGUUCUACGCCCGGGGAGGGUAUUACAACGCACAGGUGGUGGUCGGGGAGGACGAGCCGGAGGAGGUGCUGCUGCGGAGGUUCAAGAGGGAGGUCAUGAAGGCCGGGGUCAUCCAGGAGUGCAAGAGGAGACGUUGGUUCGAGAACGAGCAGGAGAAGAAGAAGCGCAAGGCCCGUGAUGCGGCCCGGAGGAAUCGGAAGAGGCGUUAUCAACCAAAAGUCCGUAAGCAAGAUAACCAGGAAGAACCAAAGGCAAAGAUACAGGAGGAGGAAGACAAUUGGGAAAUUCCUGAAGGAGAACUUCCUUAUUGCACCUAGGAUGCCUUAGUGGAGGAACCUGCAGUAUUUUCAUGGUUUUGUUUUUGAAAGUCAUUUAAGCUAGAGUUAGCUACUACUAACUGAUGGUUUUGUUUUUGAAAGUCAUUUAAGCUAGAGUUAGCUACUACUAACUGAUGCCGAUGUGUUUUGUCCUUUCUUUCUCCUUUCUGUUUGUUUUUUUUUCUCUUUUCGAAUAAAGCAAUGGUAUGAAAAUGACAAAGGUCUUGAACAUUUGGUGCCUGUAUAUUAUGAUACAAUAUCUAUUGAUGGUGCCUCCUUCAAGUUAA